AUCUUGAACCUUGUACCAUUUGUUAGCUGUAAUGGCAGAAACAGACAUUAGGUGGCAGUACAGAAUCAAUCAUUUCAGCCCAAGAAGAAGUAGGCGCAAUGGGAGAGACACAGUUACCUUGGCGCCCACCACGGGCAUGUGACGUCUACUUGGCUGAAUUCAAACACUGUAAAAGUUUAAGCAACCGCUUCCAUCACUACUACACAUAUGGGACGUCCCCUGUCUGCCUGCAGUGGAAAGACGACUUCGAAGCCUGUAGAGAAUGGGAGAGGAAUUGCAGUCCACAUGCCAAGGAGAGUCUUCAAAAAAGUGAGAGAAAUCGAGUAUCUGAACAGAAGAACUUUCCUCCAUUUUGGGAGAUGAGAAAAAAACCACCUGCUGACUGGCAUUUACCUCUUAAUGAGGCAAAAUAAAAGCAUCAUUAGCAUUAGUAAAUUUUUUUUUUUUACUUUAAUAUAUAAUUUAUUAAUUUUGUUCGUUCUCCUAUCUUUUCUCCUGUUUUCUAUGACCCAGUGUAUUUCAGUUGGGUAUAAUGAUUUCAACUGUUGAUUUGUAGUACAUUGAUACUCUAAACUGAUGUACACUGACUGUACACUGAUACUCUAAAGCUGCAUACAUCUGUGAUAUUGGGUUCAUGGAAUUAAAUAAAAGAGCUUAUUGAAAAUGGA